AAAAAGCAUCGUCGGACGCCAAAUUUUAGCGUCGCUCACACCAUCGACCUCUGGCCGCCGUGUUGUUCCUUUUCCGACCCAGUGAAGCCAUCCACCGCCCCUCCUCCUCUUAAAAGCGUCGACGCCCACGUCUUCGUCUUCGUCCCCUCCCCCUCCUCCGCAUCCUCGUCUUCGUCUUCAUCUCCGGAAGCCGAAGGGGUAGCCGGUCCUCGAUCUGGUCCUCUCUUUUCCUUGGAGAAAUGUAAGAAACUUUUGAGGGGAUUUGGAGGGUUUGAGCAAUUAUAGUGUAGAUCUGUGGAUUUGUGAGCUCUGGAGUGGUGGAAUCGCGAAGAUGCCUCCGCCGGCCCUCCGCGCCCCACCCUCCCCCACGAUCCGACGAAUCCCUACUCGCCUCAACAACUCCAACACCGUAGAUCUCAGUCCUAAACGCGAUGACGCCGGCCUUUGUCUUUGCCGGAGAAAGGAAGCAAAUACCGGCCGGAAUUGGACGACUACUCACUAGAUGAUGAUAUGUUGUAAUUCAUAAUUCUGGAUUCAGAGACUUCCUGUUGAAGCCAGAGCUCCUUCGCGCAAUCGUAGAUUCAGGGUUUGAGCAUCCUUUUGAAGCUUGACGAGCCACAGCAUGAGCUUCUUGCUGAUGACCGAGAUGAUAAUGUUAUUGUAGGUGAUUUGCAGAUUCAGGAUGGCCGGGGACGAGUGAGGACGAGACGUGGACCGACAUGAGCUAGGGACAUAUAGCAGCUCGGUGAGGACUAAAUUUGUGAUCCCUCCAGAGAGCCAUGAUUGGGUAAUAAAGUCCUUCAAUCGUAAAUGGAAAAAACAUAAGACCAAGUUAAAGAAGGAUUAUAAGAAGGAGGGUAUGACAGAGGAUGAGGUUGCUCGUACCUGUCCUCCCAAUGUAUACCCUCAUCAGUGGAUUGAGCUUGUACACUAUUGGUUUUUGGAGAGAGGACAGACAUACUCCAAUAUUGGCAGAGCUGCACGAUCGUCUUAUUUGGUGCCUCACACAUCAGGUUCUAAGAGUCACGCGAGGCUGAAAGCUGAAUUUAUGGAAGAAUAUGGGAGGGAGCCUGGUGAGGUUGAAUUCUAUAGGGUGACUCGUACCCAUCAAGAUGGCAGCUUUGUACGAGAGGAGUUUAGAGAGCUGAUCGAUAGGGCAACCAUGCUUAUUGCAGAGCGUACCGACGAGUCAUCAUCAUCUACGGAGUGUAGUCGCAUUGAGGCCCAGGUAUUCACUGAGCUUAUGGGAUCAGAGCGUUAUGGUCGAGUGAGGGAUUAUGGAGUUGAAGUCACCUCUAUUCAGUUAUCUGCGAUGAGCAGAUAUACUCAAGAGUGUAGACAGAAUGAUAGCACUACAGAGGUUCGUAGGCUAGAGAUGCAGUUACAGGAGAUGAGUCAGAGACAUGACCUACAGAUGGAGGAGCUGAGACAGAGCCAUCAGAUAGAGAUAGUGUCAUUGAGGACUCAGGUUGAUCAGAUUAUAUCUUUUUUCCAUGGUUUUGCCCCACAUCAGGGUCCCGAUACUUCUAGUAGUUGCCGAGAUGGUGAUACCAUGCACAAGUGUAGCAAAUUUUGGUGUUAUGGUGUCCUUCCCAACUGAUAUGUUAUACUACAAAAUUAUGACCUAAUUUGUGUCUGGGCAUGAUGGAUAUGGUUGUUUGUUAUGAUUGACUAACAGGUAUCUUUUUAAGGACAUAUCUUUUUUUUAUGAACUUCAAACUGAAUCAAAUGGAUUUUAUUUAUUUCA